CGCGGCAGCGAACAGUCGUCGCGCUGUGCUCAGCUGCGAGAUCGGUGGCUCGGUGUGGUGUCUUCUGCCCAUCUCCGAGAGCUCCGAAGCCGUACCCCGGCGCGCUGCACUCGCGGGUCUUCCUCCCCCCAGGCCGACGCGAGACAGCCGGCAGCCUGACGCAGUGCGGCUUACGCGCAUCGCCGUCGCUAUAUAUACGGACGCCGGGCGUCGCGACGCGCCCGCCACGGCCAGACGAGACUGCUCUCUUUGCACUCCCCGCACCGCCAACGCACUCGAUUUCCUCCGCACAUCCGUUUCUGUACCGGUCCGGAAGGAGAAUACAGUAGACAACGGAUAUAUCGGCCGGUAGACCUUACACAGAGGUGACGGCGUCUGUCUGUUUGUGAGUGCAAUCAUCAUCUUAGAACCCGUCCAACUUCGCACCACGUUGAUCACUGUUGUCGAGCAUCAUUUGUACCGAACCGAAGAUCAGAUCCUGUUCAACUGCAGUGGGUCCUAUAGUUUCUACUCCUACCGUCCACUUCCGACUGGCUUUCGUUGUUUGGCAGUGGUUGUGCCCGUAUACACUCAUUUGAAAUCUCCACCAGUGACUGUGAAACAACAAAAGAAUAACAACCAAAUCCACAUUAGUGAAUCAAAAUUUCGUGAAGUCCAGACAUAGAGAAGGUGUCAUCCCGUUGACAUUCGAAAGGGUGUGAGGAGCAAGCAGUGGGCUCGGGAAGACAAGACCAGGAGAACCACCGGCGGCGCAGACUGCGUCCGCCUCCGAUGCAUGCCUGGUGAUCGCGAGCGCCGCUGGGGCCGCGGUCUGUGCGCCAUGUGGGCGUGCGCGCUGCUGCUGCCUCUCGUGGUGCGCGCCGCGUUGGCGCGCGCCUCCGCUUCCACGCCGCCUCCUCCGCCCCCGCCGCCACCGCCUCCUGUCACGGCGGGGAUCGAGCCCUCGGUGGUCGAGUGGCCGCCGCCGUCGGGCGCCGCCUCCGGCCUGGGCCCGCGACAGCACGCCCACCCCACCGACUACAGCGGGGGCGGCGGCAGCGGCGGCGCCGUGAGCUGCGGGGGCGUGCCCGCCGUCCUCAACGUGUCAGCGCAGGGCCGCGGCGCGGUGCUGGACGCGCGCUACGUGUCGGGCGCGGGCGGCUCGGUGUCGGGGCGGCUGGUGCCGGUGCCGCAGCCGUGCUCGCUGCAGCCGUCGCAGGCGCACGCGCAGCCCUGGGUGGCCGUGGCGCCGCUCACCUCCGGGGACUGCGCCCUCGCCGACAAGGUGCGCGCAGCCGCCAGGGCGGGCGCCGCCGCGCUCCUCAUGUUCGGCGACGCCAGCGACGAGCGGCGGGCCGCCGACGAGGCCGCGCGCGACGCGCGACUCAUGCACGGCAACACGAGCGCCGUGGUGGCGGGCCGGUCUGCGGGCGAGGAGAUCGUGCGCCUGGCGCGCAACUACUCUGCCGUCUUCCUCUCCAUGGCGCCCGCCGCGCCAUGCACGCGCACCUACGGCGCCGCCGUCAACAGCGAGGACGCGUCGGGCGGCGGCGGAACGGGAAGCCUGUUCCUCGUAAACUCCAGGUUCACCAUUUGCAACACGGAGCUGCCGGCUUACAAGUGUGUCCACCUGACAUCGGUGCUGUUCGUGUCCAUCUCAUUUGUGGUACUGAUGAUCAUCUCACUGGCAUGGCUGGUCUUCUACUACGUGCAGCGUUUCCGUUAUAUCCAUGCCAAGGACCGUCUCUCGAGGCGGCUCUGCAGUGCAGCAAAGAAGGCAUUGUCUAAGAUACCAACAAAGAACAUCAAAUCAGAAGACAAGGAAAUCCAAGGGGACGGUGAAUGCUGUGCUGUGUGCAUUGAACCAUACAAGAUCUCAGAUGUUCUGAGAAUCUUGCCAUGCAGGCACGAGUUUCAUAAGUCAUGCAUCGAUCCCUGGCUGCUGGAGCACCGCACGUGUCCCAUGUGCAAGAUGGAUAUUCUGAAGCACUACGGCUUUGUGUUUACAGGAAGCCAAGAGAGCAUACUGCACAUGGAAAUUGAGGAAGUGGUGGGUCUCGGAGCAUCAAGUGGUCAUGACAAUGACAUUGAGAGCCUCAACGGUUCACCACAGCUGAGACCAGCAAAUCGCACUAUGUCAGCCCCACCUUCACCAAACCUGGGCAGCCACAGCAGUGGGGCAUCAUCACCAACUGAACUCAGCCCUGCUCUGAGUGUGGGGCCUCGGUUUGCUUCUUCCAGCCGUGGAAGUGGUGUGCCUGUUCGUGCCUCACGCCCAGUUGGGGGAGCAGUGCCAAGAGACCAGGUGUGCAGCAACUGCGGAUCUGGCCUGGCAAAGCCACUCGCUACUGACUGUGGUACCAAUACAAGUGUGACAUCUGUCAACAUAGACUCCUGUAUUAUGAAUGUGUGCGACACUCCUGAGACUGAUGAUGUGGAUGGUACUCAGCUGGAUAACACAUUGGACAGCAGGACAAGCCCACACCACUCCAGUGCCACACACAAGUGAAGACAACCAGCAACUGUGAAGAACUGACUAUUUAGCACAUUGCUGACUCCUUUCAACCUUUACCCAGUAUUUAUUUUUUGUGAAAUGAAAGACUACUUACUUUAAUCUAAGUUCAAUGAACUUGUUAGGCACCUAUAAAGAAUUUGCGUAUUUUCAAAUACUCAUUGUAUAAAGAAACACACACUGUAAAUUUAUGACUCAAAACUUAAUCGAGUAAGUGAUGGGUCUGUGUUACAGUUUCAUGAUUUUCUCAUGAGAAUAAACUCAAUAAACUGUGAGAAUAUUUAAACUAAUGAAUAUUGUUGAAAUCCAGAUGCCAUAAAAGAAGACACAUGAGUGUUUCUUCACAUAUUCAUAAUCUACUUGUUAUAGUUUCUGUGUUAGAAUGCCAAUAAAAAAAGUCUCAUGAAUAUUUCUCAUAUUGUUGUGUCAUGCAUGUAUGGCAAUAUCAGUCACUAGUUUGUGUUUUGAGCAUCUUUUUUUAGUCUUUUAUGACAGCCAUCUUUAAUUUAUUACUGUGAGCCUUUGUUGUGUUUUUAUUUUUAUUAACACAGACAGUUUAGCACAUCUUUUAGAGUUGCUGAACACCGUGUAUUAUUUCUCACAGUCAUCACCGGUAAUGUAGGAAACAAAGUGUGUAAGAAGGUGUUCUUAGAUUUAUGGCUGCAUACUUUCACUUAAUAUGUGUGAUAAUUUAGAAAGCAAUUUGCUUUCAGUAUUCACAAAACAGUAAACAGUUGUUAGUUUCUGAAAUCUGAUAUACACACUGCAAGAUGACAUGACAAGAACUGGAGAAUAUUUCACUGUGUUAACAUGUGAAAACUUCAGUUGCAACAGCUUGUACGUUAAUAUAAUAAAUGUCGUGGAUUUUUUAAACAAAACUAAUAAAUGUGGUUGCAAUGAGUUAUUUUUUUCUGUCCCUGUGAAAAUGUUUGGGAUAUCAAAUUACAGUCACUGAAAUAAGAAAUAUGUAAAUUAUUUUUACAGCAUGAAAAAAUUUUACAAUACAGUAACGAAAAUCACCCACAGCACGUUUAUGAAAACAAUAUAUCUUACAUGUCCUAGCUUGGGAUGUGCUGACCUCACAGUCACUGUAGCUGUGAUCUACAGAGGUGAAUACUCUCACCAUAUACCCUGCUGUUCCUCAUAUAUGUACUUACCUUGACAGUGAACUUUUUUUGUUAUUCGCAAAUAUGUUAAUGUAAGAUAACCUUAGGAUAAUAAUUGUAUAUAUGUUUUAGUUGAGUGCAGCAGAUUUCAUUAUUUAAACAAAUGGAUCUCACUUGUUUGUACUUAGUCUGAAUGUACUAGAAGAUGUGUCCUUUUUUAAAACCCUUACAAAAUAGUAAAACUGACAUUUUUAUCCAUACUGUACCUUUCACAUCCCAUGAAAAAUGUAAAAAUAAAUAUUAUGCAUUCCAGCAGA